AUGUAUGAUACUAUGAAUGGUUCAUAUACUAUGAAUGGCUCAUUUCCUAUCCAAGAAUUAAGUAAUCUGAAAAAUUUGAAAACUUUGGAUGUGAGUUAUAAUCAAUUCAACAGCUCCCUCUCAGCGACAGGAUUAUGCGGACUGAAAAGUCUCGUUGAGUUGGAUCUCCGAGGAAAUCAACUUUCUGGCCCUCUUCCAGAAUGUAUUGGCAACUUGACCAACCUCCAAUUUCUUGAUCUGUCAUUCAAUCAGUUGAGUGGCAACAUUCAAUCUAUUGUUUCUGAACUCACCUCCCUCAAGUAUUUGCUUCUUUCUGGCAAUGAGUUUGAAGGCUCAUUCUCAUUUAGCGCUUUGGCCAACCACUCAAAACUUGAAGCAUUUAUACUCUCUCCUGGAAGUAGCAGGCUAGAACUGGAAACAGAAAAUCCAACAUGGUUUCCUGCAUUUCAACUCAAGUACAUUCAAUUAUCAAAUUGCAACUUAAAUGUGAGAACUAGAGCAAUUCCUAGCUUUCUUCGUUACCAGCAUGACAUACGCUUUAUUGAUCUUUCUCAUAAUAAGUUGGUUGGAACAUUCCCCACCUGGAUCUUACAAAAUAAUUCCAAUUUAGGAGUUAUAAAUUUGGGGAACAACUCAUUCACAGGAACUUUUCAACUGCCCAAUAUCAAGGGUGAUAUUAUCAACUCAAUGGCAGGAAUAGAUCUAUCAUGCAAUGAGUUAAGUGGCAGCAUUCCUCAAGAAAUUGGAGACCUGCAUGAAAUUCGAUCAUUGAAUUUGUCUCACAAUCAUAUAACAGGAUCUAUACCAGUCAGUUUUUCAAAUCUAAGGAGUUUAGAGAGCUUAGAUCUUGGCAACAAUAACUUGAGUGGUGAAAUCCCGAGUGAACUAGUUGCGCUGACAUUUUUGGUAACUUUCAAUGUUUCAUACAACAAUUUAUCAGGUGGAGUUCCUAAUGGAGCGCAAUUUGAAACUUUCGAUGAAAACAAUUACAGAGGUAAUCCUGGUCUCUGUGGAGAACCCAUUCAUAAGAGCUGCAUAAGUGAUGAAGCUCCACAAACACCGCCACCAUCUGCUGAUGUAGAAGAGGAAGAUGAAGGGUUUAUUGAUAUGCUGAAUAUUGUCAGCUUAUUGGAUCUCUCAAGGAAGUCCUUUUCUGGGUCUAUAUCCCAUUGGGUAUAUAAUCUCUCAUUUGGAAGGGAAGGAGAAGGACCUCUCUAUGGUCCAUUCAGUGACAAACUUGUUGAAUGGGGGAUAAGAUAUGGGGAUAGCAGCGAAACUCUCUUCUAUAACACAGCUUCUUUUGUUGUUGAGGUUGAUGAAGAAAGUGAGUUUGUUACAAAAUAUAGAGCCGACGCAUAUAAGAAUAAGGCUCUUAAUUACAUGUCUGGAUUAGAUUUGUCAGAUAAUACCUAA